AUGGCGUCCUGCCCGAUCCGCCCAGCUGGCAAAGCUCCUGAGAAGAAGGAGGCCGGCAAGAAGACCACUGCUGCUGGUGGCGAGAAGAAAAAGCGAUCCAAGACCAGAAAAGAGACCUACUCGUCCUACAUCUACAAAGUCCUCAAGCAAGUCCACCCAGAUACUGGUAUCUCAAACCGCGCCAUGUCCAUCCUCAAUUCCUUCGUCAAUGAUAUCUUUGAGCGUGUCGCCACUGAAGCCUCCAAGCUUGCUGCAUACAACAAGAAAUCCACCAUCUCUUCCCGAGAAAUUCAGACUUCCGUGAGACUCAUCCUGCCAGGUGAACUUGCCAAGCAUGCCGUCUCUGAAGGCACAAAGGCCGUCACCAAGUACUCCUCGUCCGCCAAAUAAACGACAUUUUGUUUUCUUGCUUUCCUUUUUCUACUAUAUGAUUUUGCUUUCCGUUUUAAUUCCUCACGGUCAAAUGUCUUUUCUGCGGCUCAGUGAGGUGGUUACGGGUGUUCAGUGGGUUUUUCUUUUAUUUUAACGUUUCAUGGGACGGCUUUGAUUUUAUUUCCUGUUCAAAUUUUCUUUUUGUGCCGAUGCCGCAUGUUUAUGGGUUGCAAUUCGUAUCGGUGUGAUGGAAUGUACAAUAAAUUACUGGAAUAUGGAAGGCAAUCCGGCAUGGGAUUAUUGGCCACUGGCCCUUCCUCGAUUAAAGCAGCAAAAUAAAUGUGCUUUAUUCUCGCGCAAUUUCUCUCAUCGCCCCGGCCCUAUUUACAUUUUGAAAAUCAGCCACCAGGGAUUUCGGCAUCUUAAUUUCCAGACGUUCAUAGGAGAUCUUCGUGCGGUAUACGAUACUUUGGUAAAUGGCUC